UUAUAACUUAAAAUCUACCACCGCGAGCGGUAGCGCUGACCACCAUCCACUCCACUCCACCCCUCCUCCGCCCUCACCGGUAUCUCAAUUCUCAUCGUCGGAAUUGCGAGUAACCUACGAAGGAUUGAACGGUUUUGAGGUUUGGCAGUGUAGAGAGCAGCUUGUGAUCGGAAAUAGAAGAUGUCAAAGUACGGCUUGCAACUUAGAGUUAAGCCACAGCAGAAACCGCCUGCGAGGCCCCCGCCUCCAAAGGUGCUCGGCUUUGAUGACGACGAUGACGAUGAUAAUGUUGAGAGGGACAUUUUGCGUCAAGCCUACAAGAAAAAAACUCACAAAGAUGUUGAAGAGCAGCAUAAGAAGGUUCUUGAAGAAGACCCUUUGGCGUUUGACUAUGAUGGCGUAUAUGAUCAAAUGAAGGAAAAGCAAGUUCGUCCCAAAGUGGAAGAUCGACAAGAUAGAAAGCCAAGAUAUAUUCAAGGACUGAUAGACAAGGCAAAACAACGAGAGAGAGAACAUGAGAUAAUAUAUGAGAGAAAACUUGCCAAAGAGAGAAGCCAAGAUGAACAUCUCUAUGCAGAUAAAGAUAAGUUUGUUACUAGUGCUUACAAGAAGAAGCUAGCAGAGCAAGCCAAGUGGAUAGAGGAAGAGCGGUUUCGUGAGUUGCGUGAGCAGAAGGAAGAUGUUACCACGAAGGCUGACCUCAGUGAUUUUUAUUUCAACCUAUCCAAAAACGUAGCAUUUGGUUCUGAAGAUGCCGACAAGGGGAAAUCUAAGAAGCAUCCCGAUGAAAAGGCGGUUCAGCCAACACGUCAGGUCUCUCCUGCGACAGCUGGUACUAGUUUGGAUUCUUCAAGGAUGGCGAAGACUCAUCAGGAUGAGAUUGCCGCGCAUGAUUCUCCCAAGGACAAGCCUCAUUCUUCUUCCAUUCGAGAUCAGGUUGCAGAUGAACAACCAGCUCGUAACCUACAAAGACCCGACAGUCAGAAAAGAAGUGAGGAUGUGGCAUCUGCUGCAGGAGACCUACCGGGACCCGACAAUAAUAAAGGAAGCGAGGAAGCAGCACCUGUGGCAAAAGACCAUCACAAGAGAAGCGAGGAUGCACUGGCUGCAGCAAAGGAGCGAUUUUUGGCUAGAAAGAAAGCGAAAACACAAACGACUUUGUGA